AUGCAAGGCUUUUCUUGUCUUGCUACCGUCUUUUGUUUAUUACUGAUUAUUCUCGGUAUAAAUGCUCGUCUUCAUCGAGUUAAAUUACAUCAUUUUCAAUCGGUACAUGAUCAACUUUUUGAAGUUGGUUCACAUAGAUUAAAUGCAUUUGAACGUAAAUAUGGCCUUGGUGGACCAAUUCCUGAAGGUUUAACAAAUUAUUUGGAUGCUCAAUAUUAUGGAGAUAUUGGUAUUGGUACACCUGCACAACCUUUUCGUGUUGUAUUUGAUACUGGUUCGUCUAAUCUUUGGGUGCCAAGUGUUCAUUGUUCACUUCUUGAUAUUGCUUGUCAAUUACAUAAAAAAUAUGAUGGUGCAAAAUCAUCAACAUAUGUAGCUAAUGGAACAGAUUUUAAAAUUCAAUAUGGUACUGGUUCACUUCAAGGUUAUGUUAGUGUAGAUACAGUAACGAUUGGUGAUGCUAAAGUUCAAAAUCAAGGAUUUGCUGAAGCUAUUAAACAACCAGGAAUCGUUUUUGUUACAGCUAAAUUUGAUGGAAUUCUUGGUCUUGCAUAUCCAUCGAUUGCUGUUGAUGGUGUUUAUCCAGUAUUUAACAAUAUGUGGGAUCAAAAAUUAAUUCCGGAAAAUGUAUUUAGUUUUUGGCUUGAUCGUGAUCCAGAUAACCCACGUGGUGGUGAAAUUAUUUUUGGUGGUUCUGAUCCACAAUUAUAUGAAGGUGAUUUUGUUUAUGCUGAUGUAACUCGUAAAGAUUAUUGGCAAUUUAAACUUGAUGGAAUCUCACUUAAUUCAAAUCAAUAUUGUCAAGGCGGCUGUCAAGCAAUUGCUGAUACGGGUACAAGUCUUUUAGUUGGUCCAAAGGCUGAAAUUGCUAGUCUUAAUUCAAAAUUAGGUGCUAUUCCAAUUCCAGGUGGUGAAUAUAUGAUUGAUUGUAAAUUAGUUCCAAAUUUACCACGUAUUCAUUUUACAAUUAAUGGAAAUGAUUUUUAUUUGGAUGGUCCAGAAUAUGUUUUAACUGUUAGUCAAUUUGGUAAAACAAUAUGUUUAUCUGGCUUUGCUGGUAUUGAUAUUCCACCACCAGCUGGUCCACUUUGGAUACUUGGUGAUGUUUUUAUUGGACCAUGGUAUACAGAAUUUGAUUUUGAAAAUAAUCGUGUUGGUUUUGCUAAAUCAAUUUCACCAAAAAAUUCAACAAUGAAACAUCACAAGAAAUUUUCAACAAUUAUUGAAAUUUAA